AUGAAGUUCACUACCCUCGUCAACGUCGCACUUCUUGUGACCGGCAGCCUUGCCUACUCCAACAACUGCAAGGGCUCUAGCAAUUCUCCCAGUAUUACUGAUUGCCAGGAGGCGAUCCGGAGAAUCGAUGAAGGUUCGGACUACGGCGACGGCUCUGAAUUCUCCGUCGGAAAUUGCUACAUGGUCUACGCUACCAACGGUGCUGGUGAACAGAAGCUCAGCGGCAAGAACAUCCGUGACACAGCACAAUCAAUCCUGGACUCCUGUGGUCACCACAAGGGAAGCUACGGGACCAACAACUGUGACUCUUGCCACGUCACCGUCAACUACAGAGCUCCUAAGAGGUUCUAA